AUGCGCUCCCUUUCCCUGCUCGCCCUUCUCGUGCUCCUCGUCGCCGUGGGCUCCGUCGCCGCCGACGAGCUGUCGACCAUCGGGCCCCAAUGGAUCCGGUACAGAUGCGACGCUGUCAAGAAGGAAGAGGCGUGCUUGGCCAAUCCCCCGGAGAGCAACAACGACAAAAAGGCGUUCUGGUUUGGCGUCAAGCACGACGAGGAGGACAAGUUAUUGAUCUACCGUGGGUGUACAGUUGACUCUCGGUGGCUAGACUCGAGUUUACCCCCCCAGCCG